UCGAUCCUCCCCGCCAUCCAUUGUGUGCCGGCCUUGUGAAGAGCACAUGUGAGAAAACGACACCGAAAAGUCGUUGAGAAACAGCCAGUCAACUAGCCGUGCAUCUCGGCACCCGUCGACCACUUGAUUAGCUGGGCCCACAUCGCUAGUCCCCGCCGCCAUUCUCCCGCGCCCCCGUUGUUUUGGUCUCGUCUGGCGCUCUUGGGUCCAUCGCUUGGAAAUGCUUAGUCUACAUUUUCUGUGGACAACGUUAUCACGCUCUUUUUCGACAAAAACCUUGAAAUCCAUCUCAGCCUGACCAAUAUCACAGGAGACCAGGGGCUCCCAUCCCGAAACCAAUCAUCUCCACCUUCCCUUCUCGUACUGACCGAUCGAUGAUCCUCGUGGCAAUAUGCCAUCAUAUCUGCUUCUCCACAAACGACAGCAAACGGUUUUCAGCCUCGCCCUGACAAGGAGCCUUGCUUGAAAUCCCAAUCACGACACUUUCUUCCGUUCUUGCUGACCGAUACAUGGCCCUUAUCGGGACAUGCUCUUAUGGAGUUAUCCAAUGAUUCUGCAUAACGAAUACGAACCAGCUCCAUCUGCCCAAUGAGAUCCGUCUGCUUUUCGCAUCCUGCAUUUCAUCUCGUAUUCAUAUACUGCCGUCUCAUGGUUUUCUACCGGUUCUGUUCAAGAAAUGACGUCGAUUCCACAGCCUGAUGAUAGCUUUCUACAUUUAAGCUCGCCGUUUUCAAAGCUUGGUCUCUGGGCAUCAUCUAUUCCCAGACACUUACCAUGCCUGAUCAUCACUCAAACCAAGCUUUACUGAAUUCCAUGACGGGGACGGCUAGGCCCAAAUCAAAAGAGCAGUCCCUGCGAACACUGGCUCAAAUCGUCUUCUCACUUCUGUUCAUCAUCAUUGCCUCCAUCGUAGCCUCAGUGGUCGUGCUUGUCGAGUCCCAUCGUGCUUCUAAAAGAGAUUGGGAGUUACGACCAGCUAUCCUUCUUUCCAUCUUCUCUUCCGCAUAUUCGAUUGCCCUUGGGGGUCUGCUCACUGUCGGCGUGGCUGUCGCAUGGUGGAGAAGUAUCGCAGAAGGUACCCCUCUGAAACAGCUCCACUUCAUCAAAGAAAGCGGAAGCCCAAAGCACUUCUACUAUGCUUUCCUGGCUGGGCGAAAAGCCAGGAGGGUUGCGAUUGUCGCGCUGCUUAUACUUGCUAUACGAGUAGCCACUGGUCCAUUUCUGCAGCGCUCUACCACAGAACUUCCGCACACCAGCAACAAGGGUCUUCCCAUGAAAAUGGACCUCCUGGAUCAGAUACCGGACGGAUUUAGAAACAGCACGUGGGCAUUUCUAGACACCGAGUUUGUGUACGACGGACAGGAAUUCUUUUUCAACUACGACAUCACCACUACACAAGACGAGCCCGAAUACUUGUGUCCUGAGAACGGGACAUGCACUGGACACCUAAUCGGGCCUGGAGUGGCCUGGGACAUUGAAACAACUUCAAAAAAUCUGAACGUCACCGACCCCACAAGCGACAACGAAACAGUCUUCAACAUCGACAUGGAUCUAGGGCCAGACGCUUCAGGCACGCCAGUAUUGUACCUGAGCACCACAUUCGUCUCAAACGUCAGCAACGACUGCAUCGCCGACCUCACAACCCAAACCUACAAAAUAAUCACCUCGUCCAUCCUCUACUCGCUAACCAUCGAAAACCGCACCGUAAAACCAGACUUUUCAAACGCUUCUCGCAACCCCUUCUUCAUGCGCAACUACACCUCGCAAGCCAACAGGAUCCCUCUCGAGGACGAAGACACUCACGUCCCCCGCGGACCUUUGGGAAUCAUCUACUCCGUAUUCAAACCCAUCUACCGCAGCCAAGCCGUGCUAGUUACGUCCAACAACUCCACGGGCAGGUACGACCAACUCAUUGGUUUCUUUACAGACAUGUACUACAAUGAGACCAAAUCCCACCAGCACGACAACAGAUGCGGGAGCACCUGGGACCCCCCAGGUCAAGAUAUAAUCGACCGCAUGCUGCAGUUCUGCUUCCGCGUCGGGUUCGAUUUGAAAGAAGACAAGAACGGGGUUACGCAGACGGGGACGCAGAAUUUCACCGCUAUCUACGAGUACCCUGAUCAAAUCUUCGUCACGCAUUUCGAGUGGUUAGCUGCGGCGGUCACGAUCAUGGUUGUUGCGACCAUCGUUGGCGUGGCGCUGUUGUGGGGGAGUUGGAGGCUCGGGAGGUAUGUUACGCUUUCGCCGCUCGAGUCGGGGAAGGCGCUUGGAGCGCCGUUGCUGGUGGAUAGGGCUGGGGAUGUGAUGGAUGCGGAGGGCAUUGUGAGGGAGUGUGGGGAGGUGCUUGUGAGGCUUGAGAAUGGGAGGUUGGUGUUGAGGAGUGGGGUGGGUGAUGCUGAGACCGCGGGAGCUGGAGAUGGUGGAAGGGAGAAGGGGACGGGGUAUAGUAGGGUUCCUGUUUAG